AUGCAUCCAGAAACAGAAUACUAUCAAAUUGGCGGCUUCAGAGCUCACUCUAACUCAUGGUUCAGAUUCGAUGAGAAGGCUCUGAUACGCGCUAUCACGUCAAGCAGGUCUCCAGCCUUGAGGCCCUCCAACGAUGGAAUCGAGCUUGUAUUGGGGGUUUUGCGGUCUGGGGCAACAUACGUUCUAAUGAGCAGAGAACAAAUGCUGUCUUUCACACGACUGGCUGGCCUCCGGCCUUCCAAUUCAUCAUGGCAUUCAAGUGCUUUUAUAUCAUUAUCGCCGAUUUCCUUUAGCACAGCCGAGGAGUUUACGAAAAAAAUUCAGAGUUAUAGACAAAAGUCGAAUAAGCACAGGGAAGGCGAAAUACAAGACAAUAGUCCUGCAAAUAAAGGAUAUAUCAAGGCUGUCAAUCUAGAUGGUGGCAUACCACGUAGUGCUUUCGAACAUCAGCGGUAUGCACCCUUGUACUUGCUUUCUCCCGAAGUACUACGGCUAACGAUACUGAAGGGAAAGCUUGAAAUCCAUAAAUUUGGUCUCAAGGAAACUCCCUGGGCAACGGCCAUAAGGGUUGUCUCAUUCGCAUUUACACCUUGGACGCGGGAUACACGUCCUUAUCCCAUUCGUCUCAAGAAACCUCAACUUCUCGAUGUUGGAUGGACAGAACUCGACCUUCCUAUUUAUUUGAGCACAGGAAGAGUGAAUGAUACCGCUCACAUACGCGUUAAAGAAAACCGUAUCCUUGGAAACCCAGGGUCUUCCAAAGGGAAUUUCCAAUAUGGAGACUCCGAGAUGUUGGACGACUCGUCAAUCCCAUCCCGCAUACAGAAAUUGAUGUCACAUGAUGAACAAUCAAGAGAUGUACCCCUUGUCAUACUCGUCUAUAACGAAAAAAUGGCAAGGGGCGUAUUUGCGCACUAUGGUAUCGAUACUGCAUAUUGGGAGUCAGGUAUCUCAGAGCUACUCGAGCUGGACUCCUCGAAGGCAAGUGACAUUGCGCCUGCUGGCAUUAAUGCUACCAGACUGACAUGGAACCUAGUAUGA